GCCCCGCCUGCAUCCGCACCUCUGUCAGUCAGACGCGCAGAUUGGCGUGCUGCGAUGUCGCUUUCCGCAAUGAGGACGCUGAUGGAAUUACAAUCAGACUAAAGAGGGAAAAACAUGUCCGAAGUAAGAAAAUUCACCAAAAGGCUGAGCAAACCUGGAACGGCUGCGGAGCUCAGACAAAGUGUGUCGGAGGCGGUGAGGACGUCCAUUGCCGUGGAGCAGCCCAAGAUCAUCGAGCCGCUGGACUAUGAGAAUGUGGUGUUCCAGAGGAAAGCUCAGAUCCACAGUGAUCCACAGAGAGACCUGCUGCUGUGGCCAGCUGAUGAUGUAUCAGAAGCACAGAUUGAACGUCAAAGGAGGACCAUUGUUCCUUCAGUUCCUCAAAAUGCUGAGAACGAAGCAAAAAGCCUCUUUGCCAAAGAGUGCAUUAAGAUGUACAGCACCAACUGGCACGUCAUCAACUAUAAUUACGAGGCCUACUCUGGAGAUUUCCGGACACUGCCCUGUAAAGGGAUGAAGACGGAAAAGCUUCCCAACCAAGUGUUUGAGGUGGAUGAGGGGGAGGAGGAUUCAUCAUCUCUUUGCUCUCAGAGAGGAGGUGUAAUGAAGCAGGGCUGGCUGCAGAAGGCCAACAUCAACAGCAGUCUGUCUGUCUCCAUGAAGGUGUUCAAGAGGAGGUAUUUCUACCUGUCUCAACUCCCCGAUGGUUCUUACAUACUGAAUUCAUACAAAGAUGAGAAAAACUUCAAAGAAUCAAAAGGCUCCAUCUAUCUGGACUCCUGUACAGAUGUAGUUCCGUGCUCUAAGAUGAAGCGCAAUGGCUUUGAGCUGAAGAUGCAGGAAGGUAACAGUCACUAUCUGGCGGCAGACAGCGAGGCCGAGAUGGGGGAGUGGGUGAACACCCUGAAGCAGACCUUACUGAGCGCGAUGGAUGACAGGAGGAACGGAUCAGAACCUUCUGAAGGUUCUCUGGAUGACGACAGCAGUACUCAGGGGAAACCAGAGAACAUUGCGGAGAGCUUUGGCCGAAGUCUUCAUCCAGAGCUAAUGAAGUAUGCCAGAGAAACUGACCAGCUGAAUAAAAUGAGCAGGAAUGAAGGUCGACAGAAGAUCGUCAUCCUGGAUCCUGAGACGCAGAGAUUAGAUUUUUCAGGCAUCGAGCCUGACGUGAAGCCAUUUGAAGAGCGAUUUGGGCGAAGAAUCAUGGUUAGCUGUCACGACUUGACCUUUAGCAUUCAAGGAUGUGUCAGUGAGAAGAAUGAUGGCAUCUUAACCAACGUAGAGCCAUUCUUCAUCAGCCUAGCGUUGUUUGAUCUGUCCAAAGGUUGUAAGAUCUCGGCAGACUUUCAUGUUGACCUCAAUCCACCCUGCGUGAGGGAAAUGCUUCAAGAAGCUUCUCCGGGGACACCAACAGAAUCAGGAGGAGGAGAUGGACAUGAAGCAGUCAGGGUAAACGGACACGGUCUGCCAGUUCUCCAGAGAGUCGCGGAGUCUCUUAUACGCUUCCCCACUCAGGGUAUUUUCUCCAUUACCAACCCCCACACAGACAUCUUCCUGCUGGCCCGGGUGGAAAAAGUUUUACAGAAUGGCAUCACUCAUUGCACUGAGCCCUACAUUAAGACCUCCGACAUCAGCAAGACGGUACAGAAAGUGCUGAAGACUGCCAAGCAGACGUGCCAGCGGCUGGGCCAGUACCGGAUGCCCUUCGCUUGGGCUGCCAAACAGGUGUUCAAAGACACCCAAGGCAGUUUAGACACUGAGGGGAAGUUCUCUCCGCUCUACCGCCAAGACAGUAGCAAGAUAUCCACUGAAGACCUCAUCAAACUGCUGACAGAUCUCAAGAAACCAGAGAAGAGCAAACUGCAGAUAAUCCCUGGACAAAUUAACAUCACUGUUGAGUGUGUACCUCCAGACUUGUCAAACUCUGUCACACCAUUUUAUAUUCCUGUGAAGCCGUUUGAAGAGCAGUGUGAGAGGGUGUCCGUGGAAGUGGAGGAGUUUGUCCCACAAGAGGCCAGAUACAACCACCCAUUCACCAUCUACAAGAACCAUCUCUACAUCUAUCCUCAGCAGCUCAGAUACGACAAUCAGAAGACAUUUGCCAAGGCUCGAAACAUUGCAAUUUGUGUUCAGUUUAAGGAUUCUGAUGACGAAGGAGCCGCACCGUUGAAGUGCAUCUAUGGCAAGCCAGGGGGUCCACUUUUCACCACCAGUGCUUUUGCUGCAGUUUUGCAUCACAAUCAGUCUCCAGAGUUUUAUAAUGAGAUUAAAAUCGAGCUUCCUGUUCAUGUCCAUGAGAAGCAUCAUGUUCUCUUUACUUUCUACCACAUAAGCUGUGAGCUUGGCAACAAAACCGCCACCAAGAAACGGGAUGGAGUGGAAACACUGGUGGGUUACUCCUGGGCUCCUUUAUUAAAGGAUGGCAGAAUACAGUCCUCAGAGCUACAGCUUCCUGUGUCUGCUAAUCUACCAGCUGGUUACAUGUUUGACAAAAGCCAAGACUCUGAGAAGUGUUGUCCAUACAUCAAAUGGGUGGAGAAUGCCAAACCGUUAUUUAAAGUGCGAGCAUAUGUAGCAUCAACAAUUUACACUCAGGAUUUGCACCUCCACAAUUUCUUCCAGUAUUGCCAGCUGAUGAAGUCAGCGUCACAGGGCAGUCCUGCCGAACUCGUCAAGUACCUAAAGUGCCUACAUGCAGUAGAGACUCAGGUCAUCAUCAAGUUCCUUCCUACGGUGCUCGUUCAGCUCUUCGAAGUCCUCACUAUGGCAAGCAAAGAGAGUCAAGAUAUUGCUGUCAACUCCACACGGGUAAUCAUUCACAUAGUGUCUCAGUGUCAUGAGGAGGGUCUGGAACAUUACCUGCGCAUGUUUCUGAAGUACGUGUUUCGGAUCAACAACGCAACUUCAGCAAACUCGGUGACGACACAUGAAGUUUUGGCUACAGCAGUGACUGUCAUCCUCAAACAAACUGCAGACUUCAACACCUGCAACAAACUCCUCAAGUAUUCAUGGUUCUUCUUUGAGACCGUGGCCAAGUCAAUGGCACAAUACCUCCUGGACGGCAACAGAAUGAAAAUGCCUCGAGCGCAGAGGUUUCCAGAAUCGUUCCACCAAGCGCUGCAGUCGCUACUGUUGUCCAUCAUGCCUCACAUCACCAUCCGCUAUGAGGAGAUCCCAGAGGAGGCCCGCUGCGUCAACUUUAGCCUGGCCUGCUUCAUCAAGCGCUGCCUUACGUUCAUGAACCGAGGAUUUGCUUUCAGCUUGAUAAAUGAUUACGUGUGUGGCUUCAGCCUGAAAGAUCCAAAGGUGCUCACAGAGAUGAAGUUUAAUUUCCUCAUGACGGUUUGCAACCACGAGCACUACAUUCCUCUAAACCUGCCCAUGGCAUUUGGCCGAACUAAGCUGCAGCGAGUCCAGGAUUUUAUUUCGUACGCGGCGGAGUGUUUCGGUGUCGUAGAUCAGAGUUUGGAGUACAGCCUGACCGAGGAUUACUGCAAAAACCAUUUCCUGGUGGGACUGCUUCUACGAGAGGUUGCUGAUGGACUCCAGGGCUGCCCGGAGAUCAGACAGCUGGCUGUAGCUGCACUCAAGAACCUCAUGAUCAAACACGCCAUGGAUGACAGAUACAAUGCUUUUAAGAAUCAGCAGGCCCGCAUCUGUCUGCUGUACCUGCCACUCUUUGAGCUGCUCUACCAGAACCUGAGUCAUAUGAACAGCCCGGGGCAACUCUGCAGAAAUGGCCUCGGCCUCACGUACCGGGAUGAUUUGUCAGUGGACAGCCGCAGGAGCAGCACAAUUGUUGAUAAGGAACCUACUGGUGUCAUCACCCAGAAUGGACACGUUAGGAAAGGAGAGUCCAGAGGCUCUGUGUAUGGAGAUCCUGGCACUCCAGACAUCAAUGAGUUACACAGGCGCAGUUCCACUAUGAGCAAUGUACCCGCCGCUGGCCGUUUGGGGCAGUAUGAGAUCAGAGGGCUGCUCCUGUGUUUCCUGCAUAUUGUAAGAACUUUGUCAGAUGAUACUCUACUGGCCUACUGGUCUAAAGUCAAUCCCCAAGAUGUCAUGAACUUCCUCAGUCUGCUCGAGAUCUGCAUAGUCCAGUUCCGCUAUGUGGGCAAGCGAAACAUCAGCCGAAGCCUGGAGCCCUGGGUGUCCAAACUCUUCUCAUCUGAGAGGAAGUCUCAGACCAUGCCGGUGCUGCGAGGUCGAGGAAGCCUAAUGCAAGCAAAGCUGCAGCAGUUUAACACUAUGGACACCUCAUUAACCCUGAACAUGGCUGGAGGUUCCACAGAAGCAGAGAUCAACCAUCAGGCUCUGCUUGAGGGGAAUAUGUCGACAGAGGCCUGCCUUACCGUGCUGGAUGUCCUCUCACUCUUCACUCAGAGCUUCAAGCAUCAGCUGCUGGACAGUGAUGGUCACAAUGCUCUGAUGACGAAGGUCUUUGACACGUACCUCACUUUACUGAAAGUCGGACAAUCAGAAACGGCAAUCAAACACAUCUUUGCCUCUCUGCGAGCCUUUAUCAUCAAGUUCCAGGUUCCCCUUUUUAAGGGCCGUGUAACUCUGUGUGGCUCGCUGUGCUAUGAAGUCUUGAAGUGCUGUAUGUCUAAACUAAGUGUCCUACGUGGGGAAGCGUCUGCAAUUCUAUACUUGCUCAUGAGGAACAAUUUUGAGUACACCAAGAGGAAAAGCUUCCUGCGCAUGCACUUACAGAUCAUCAUCGCUGUGAGCCAGCUUAUCGCUGAUGUGGCACUUACCGGCAGCUCACGUUUCCAGGAGUCACUGUCCAUCAUCAACAACUUUGCCAACAGUGAUAAAGCCAUGAAGACCACCACGUUUCCAUCUGAAGUGAAGGGUCUGACGAUGAGAAUUCGUACAGUUUUGAUGGCCACUGCUCAGAUGCGUGAGCAUGAAAAAGACCCAGAAAUGCUGCUUGACCUUCAGUACAGUCUCGCCCGAUCAUACGCCAGCACUCCAGAGCUCCGGCGGACCUGGCUGGACAGCAUGGCACGAGCACACAGCAAGAAUGGAGACUUCUCUGAGGCUGCUAUGUGUAAUGUUCAUGUUGCUGCAUUGGUGGCAGAGUAUUUGCACAGGAAAAAGCUGUUCCCAAAUGGACUGGCAGCUUUUAAGAAAAUCACCCAGAACAUCGAUGAAGAAGGAGCUAUGAAAGAAGACGCAGGGAUGCAAGAUGUGUACUACACUGAGGAUGUCCUGGUAGAGCAGUUAGAGGUGUGUGUGGAGGGUCUGUGGAAAGCCGAGAGGUUUGAGCUCAUAACACACAUUGCGAGACUCAUCAUUCCAGUUUACGAGAAGCGGCACGAGUUUGAGAAACUGAGGCGAUUGUAUGACACACUGCAGCGAGCUUAUGCAAAGAUAUUAGAGGUGAUGCAGUCCGGCCGACGUCUGCUGGGGACUUACUUUAGAGUCGCCUUUUAUGGGCAGGGCUUCUUUGAAGAAGAGGAUGGAAAAGAAUACAUCUACAAAGAGCCAAAGCUCACAACGCUGCCUGAAAUUUCCCUUCGUCUCAUAAGUCUCUACGAAGAAAAGUUUGGAGCUGAGAAUGUCAAAAUCAUCCAAGACUCCAACAAAGUUAACCAGAAAGAUCUGGAUCCAAAGUUUGCCUACAUUCAGGUCACAUUUGUCAAGCCCUACUUUGAUGAGAAAGAACUGGCGGAGAGGAAAACAGACUUCGAAAAGUGCCACAACAUUCAGCGUUUUGUCUUCGAGACUCCAUUCACGCUAACGGGAAAGAAACAAGGAGGGGUUGAGGAACAGUGUAAGCGGCGAACGAUACUUACCACGGAGAACUCAUUUCCCUAUGUAAAGAAGCGCAUUAAGGUAGUGGGAGAAAAGCACUUGGAGCUGAAGCCGAUUGAUGUAGCAAUAGAUGAGAUGAAAGAGAGGAGCACUGAACUCACUAAGCUCUGCUCUAAUCAGGAGGUUAACAUGAAAACACUUCAACUCAAACUCCAAGGCUGUGUUAGUGUGCAGGUGAACGCGGGACCGAUGGCCUAUGCCCGAGCUUUUCUGGAUGAAUCCAAAUCUGGUCAGUCCAGUAAAAAAGUUAAGGAGCUCAAGGAAAUAUUCAGGCAAUUUGUCAAUGCAUGCAGCAUGGCUCUGGACAUUAACGAGAGACUCAUUAAGGAGGAUCAGUAUGAGUAUCACGAGGAACUAAAGGCUAAUUUCAAAAGCAUGGUGAAAGAACUUUCUGAUAUCAUCCACGAGCAGAUUGAGUUCUAGAUCUUCCAGGAGGAUAUGAUGCGUUCCCUGCUGCAGAACUCUCUUCAUGUGUUCCGUGCUAUCAGUGGAACCUCCACUGAACUGAGCUAGAACCUGAUGGACUAUCAGCUCUCCUCGCACCCAAAUGUACAAAUCAAGAUUCUAGGCCUUCAGCAAACAUCUCAUCACGCUACAAGAAUGCCAUGUUUUUACUUGUUGUGUACAGCGAGUUUGUGUAAAUAUUGCUUUUACAAUGAAGUCAGAAUCCACCCUAUUUACUUUCUUAAUGCACAUUCCUGGUCUUAUCAUGUUUGCAUCAAUGUUCCUUUUAGGCUCACAUCACCAAGCCGCCUUGUUUGUCAGCUCUUACUCUCUUACCAUUAUGGAAACCUGUUUCCACCACAUAAGAAAAAAACGUCAUGGUUUCGUAUGUCAUAAUUAUGACAUAAAAAGAAAAAAUUAUAUCAUCUCAUUAUGUUGAGAUGGUCAAAAUUGAUAUAAAGUCAAUUAUGACAUGAGUCAGAAUUGACAAAACUUUGAAAUUCUGACAUAAAAAGUCAUUAUGAGACAAAAGAAAAAAAUGCACUGAAAUCAGUUAUGAUGAAACUGACAUAAAAAGUCGAAAUUAUGACACAGUCCUAAUUUAUGUGAUUAAAAAUUAUAAAUUAAUAAAGUUUUUGUCAUAAUUAUGAUUUUAUCUCAUAAUUUUAACUUUUUAUCUCAUAAUUAUGUCUUGGUAUGUUGUAAUUUAACUUUUCUUUGUGCAUAAAUAUCAGCUUUACAUGUCAUUUUUAUGAUUUACCAAAGAUUUUUCUUCAUUUGGUGGAAAUAGACUUUUUCCCUCUAUAUGACCACUUUUCAUGAUCCAAUCAAUUAUUGAUGUGUAAAUUCAAGUCCAUCAUUUUUUUUUCUUCUUGUAUUUAAAAGUAAAAUGGGAUACCAAUGCAAUUACAUUUUGACUGUUCAUUUUCUCUGUUAUACAAUCCAUUUUGCAUCUCAGCUAAACUGUCAAUUUUAAAAUGCAAGGAUGCCGCUGGAAAUAAAACAUGCAGUGUACUUAGAUCACCCAAUUCACCAAAGAUCAAAUGGACAGUUGAUCAUAUAUGCCUACAUUUCCAUAUUAAAUGACUUUUACUUUGA